UCCCAAUAUGGUCCUUCAUGCCUCAGUUUCCAUUGGAAAGUGGAGUUUCUCAAGCAGUGAAGCAAGCAGCAGGAGUCAGACAGAAUCAUCAAUCCUGUGGCCUCAAGCCAGUGUGUGGCUGAUCACCAAGACUGGAAUGAUCCUGAGCCGAGCGAUAACUCAGGGCUGCCUGGCUAUUGGUCAUCCUGUCAGAGUCAAGGCCGCUGAGGGAACAUCACUGGCAGGAUAUAAAUUAAUCCUACAGAAAAGACAUAGUGGAGAUGAAUCUCAGAAGUGGGUGUUUGGAACUGAAGGUUGCAUUUAUUCAAAGGCUUAUCCUCAGUUUGUUCUGACCUACCUAGAGGAGCUAAAUGCCGAAGUAGAUGUGACCCAGACAGAGUAUCACAUUCACCAUGGUGCCUGGACCACAGCUCAUCAGGAAUGUGGCAGAAACUUAGCAGAAGAGGUUCUGCAAGAAAGUGCCAGCAACCCUGGUCUGAAGCAACUGCCAGAACCCUCAGACACCCAUUUAAUGCCAGAAGGUUCUCUUGAGGAGACAGGGCAGCUGACAGUAGCACUGGUGAGGAAACUGGAAGAGAAACAUCCUAAGGCUUCUGCUCAGAGGUAGGGUACUGACAGAACUGAGCUUUAUUGCUCAAUGACAUUCGAUGUUUUCCUUCAGUUUCAUGUAAGAUUGAUUUCUUGAAGAUUAUUGAAAUAUCUCAAAAGCCCUUUGGCUUUCAAACAUAGUAGUUUUUGGGUCACAUUAGAUGAAGAAAUGAGACAUUUAUGUAUAUUUUGUUGAAGAUUGAUGUACUGUAUGUUGUUGUUUAUAAAUAUACUCAGGAUGGGUUGCUGUCCUGGGAUUUCACUAAAAUACUCUGAAAUAACCUAAUUAAGCAAAGGCAGUACAGACCAUAUAUCCAAUUGUUAAAAAUAGCAAGGUAUGUUGAAGAAAACUGUCCCAUGAGCAAUCCUUUUUAUUUUCCAUGAGAACAUUAUUAUUUGGACUCAAGGUUAAGCGCACAAUAGAUGGUCUUAACCAGUGACAACAAAUCAACUCCAUUUCCAUUCCUAGAAUAAAAAUAACAUCAUUAAUAUUGCUAACCAACUGAAAAAUUAUCCUUGGUUAAAAAAUGGAAACAGUUUCUCUGAUCCUCUUUAUUUAAUUGGAAACUAAAAUUCAU